AGGAGAUCAGAGCAGGAAGAGCAGCCGCGAGGCAGCGGUGGCUGAGUCGGUGGUGGCAGAGGCGAAGGCGACAGGUCUGUGGGUUGGCAGCGGCCGCGAGAGCAGGAUGCGGGUCCGGAUUGGCCUGACGCUGCUGCUCUGUGCGGUGCUGCUGGGCUCGGCCUUGGCGACCUCGGAUGAAGAAGGCAGCCAGGAUGAAUCCUUGGAUUCCAAGGCUUCUUUGCCAUCCGACGAGUCAGUAAAGGACCAUACCACCACAGGCAGAGUAGUCGCUGGUCAGAUAUUUCUCGAUUCAGAAGAAUCAGAACUGGAAUCUCAUAUUCAAGAAGAGGAAGAUAAGCUCAAGAGCCAGGAGGGGGAAAGUGACACAGAAGAAAUCAGCUUUCUAGAAUCUUCAAAUUCAGAGAGCAAGAACUAUGAAGAACCAAAGAAAGUACGGAAACCAGCUUUGACUGCCAUUGAAGGCACAGCACAUGGGGAGCCCUGCCACUUCCCUUUUCUUUUCCUGGAUAAGGAAUACGAUGAAUGUACAUCAGACGGGAGAGAAGAUGGCAGACUGUGGUGUGCUACAACCUAUGACUACAAGGCUGAUGAAAAGUGGGGGUUUUGUGAAACUGAAGAGGAGGCUGCUAAGAGACGGCAGAUGCAGGAAGCUGAAAUGAUGUAUCAGACUGGAAUGAAAAUUCUCAAUGGAAGCAACAAGAAAAGCCAAAAAAGAGAAGCAUAUCGAUAUCUUCAAAAGGCAGCCAGCAUGAACCAUACCAAAGCCCUGGAGAGAGUGUCAUACGCUCUUUUGUUUGGUGAUUACCUGACACAGAAUAUCCAGGUGGCUAAAGAGAUGUUUGAGAAACUAACUGAGGAAGGCUCUCCCAAGGGACAAACUGCUCUUGGCUUUCUCUAUGCCUCCGGACUUGGUGUUAAUUCAAGUCAAGCAAAGGCCCUUGUAUAUUACACUUUUGGUGCUCUUGGGGGCAAUCUAAUAGCCCACAUGGUUUUGGGUUACCGAUACUGGGCAGGCAUCGGAGUCCUCCAGAGCUGUGAAUCUGCACUGACUCAUUAUCGUCUUGUUGCCAAUCACGUUGCUAGUGAUAUCUCGCUAACAGGAGGCUCAGUAGUACAGAGAAUACGGCUGCCUGAUGAAGUGGAGAAUCCAGGAAUGAAUAGUGGAAUGCUAGAGGAAGAUUUGAUUCAAUAUUACCAGUUUCUAGCUGAAAAGGGUGACGUACAAGCACAGGUUGGUCUGGGACAACUGCAUCUGCAUGGAGGGCGUGGAGUAGAACAAAAUCAUCAGAGAGCAUUUGACUACUUCAAUUUAGCAGCUAAUGCUGGCAAUUCACAUGCUAUGGCCUUCUUGGGAAAGAUGUAUUCAGAGGGAAGUGAUAUUGUACCUCAGAGUAAUGAGACAGCUCUUCACUACUUUAAGAAAGCUGCUGAUAUGGGCAAUCCAGUUGGACAGAGUGGGCUUGGAAUGGCCUACCUCUACGGGAGAGGAGUUCAAGUUAAUUAUGAUCUGGCACUGAAGUAUUUCCAGAAAGCUGCUGAACAAGGUUGGGUGGAUGGACAACUACAGCUUGGUUCUAUGUACUAUAAUGGCAUUGGAGUCAAGAGAGAUUAUAAACAGGCCUUGAAGUAUUUUAACUUAGCUUCUCAGGGAGGGCAUAUCUUGGCUUUCUAUAACCUUGCACAGAUGCAUGCCAGCGGCACAGGUGUGAUGAGAUCAUGUCACACCGCGGUAGAGUUGUUUAAGAAUGUAUGUGAACGAGGCCGCUGGUCUGAGAGGCUUAUGACUGCCUAUAACAGCUAUAAGGAUGGCGAUUACAAUGCUGCAGUGAUCCAGUACCUCUUACUGGCCGAACAAGGCUAUGAAGUGGCACAGAGCAAUGCAGCCUUCAUUCUUGAUCAGAGAGAAGCAACCAUUGUGGGUGAGAAUGAAACUUACCCCAGAGCUUUGCUGCAUUGGAACAGGGCAGCCUCUCAAGGCUAUACUGUGGCUAGAAUUAAGCUUGGAGACUACCAUUUCUAUGGAUUUGGCACUGAUGUAGAUUAUGAAACAGCAUUUAUUCAUUACCGUCUGGCUUCUGAGCAGCAGCACAGUGCACAAGCUAUGUUUAAUCUGGGAUAUAUGCACGAGAAAGGACUGGGUAUUAAACAGGAUAUUCACCUUGCAAAGCGUUUUUAUGACAUGGCAGCAGAAGCCAGCCCAGAUGCACAAGUUCCAGUCUUCCUAGCACUCUGCAAACUGGGCAUUGUCUAUUUCUGGCAAUACAUACGGGAAGCAAAUAUUCGAGAUAUGUUCACCCAACUUGAUAUGGACCAGCUUCUGGGACCUGAAUGGGACCUUUACCUCAUGACCAUCAUUGCACUGCUGCUGGGAACAGUGAUAGCUUACAGGCAGAGGCAGCACCAGGACAUGCCUGUGCCCCGGCCUCCAGGGCCACGACCAGCUCCACCGCAGCAGGAGGGGCCCCCAGAGCAGCAGCCACCACAGUAACAUCCACCGUGUCCAGCCUUGAUCGGUGACAGCUAAGGAAGUUGUUUGCUGAGAACACUCACAUUUGAUUUGAGACUUUGGAUCAGUGGUCACCUCCUGGAAGAGGCAUAAAGAAGCAUUGAAUUCCUAAAGCUGCUUAGAAUCUGAUGCCUUUAUUUUCAGGGAUAAGUAACUCUUACCUAAACUAAGUUGAAUGUUUGUUUCAGUGCCAUAUGGAAUAACAGCUCUCAGUGGCUUUCCUUUUUUUUUUUUCUGGAAACUUGUGAGACAUUCAAAACUAAUGUCUUGAAUCCUUCUGAUAAUUCUUUCAGUGUGCAUAAGUUCUUACAUCAGCCAUCUUUAAGGUCUUGUGCAUCAACACUAAAAACUGAACUACAAUGUAAAAAGGAAAACCCAGUUAGUUGCAAGUUUAACUUUAAACACGUUUGAAAGUCAAAGACUAGAACUUGCCUUUUUAGUUAAAAAAAAAAAAAAAGGUCUUCAAAAUGUUUUGGAACUGCGAUAACUGAGAAACCAGUCCACCUGCAAAUAUACAUAUUUAGCAUAUUUGUUAUUUUAAAAGGAAAAAGGUUGGAAAGUUUCACAUUAGUGGUGAUUGUCACGCUUUAUACCAUACUUCUCUCCUUCAAAGACUGGAAGACCUUGGUAAAGAGUUUUUUGUGAACUUCACUUCUUUGGAAUGGUAUAUAUACAUGUAAAACUUGGUGAGCUGAGUCCUUGCACUAACACGAAUUUGCCCCACCUAUCACUUAGUGUAAUUUUCUUACUUGAGUAUACAGAGCCUUGAUCCAGAAGCCAGAGGAUGGACUAAAUGGGAGAAAUUAGAAAACAAUAUUAAAGGACUCUGGAUGGGGUACCAGGAUCAUAGACACCCUUUCCCAAAAGUUGAAGCAUUUGUUCCGAGGAUUUGUUUUACUUUGCAUUUCUUAUUGCACAAAGAACACACUGCCCUCCUGAAUUCUUUAGAUAUGAAAUGUAAUUGCCACGAUAAUGGCAUACAGUGACUACCAUUAUCGUACCAAAACUCAGACAGAGAAUCACAGAUGGAUUAAACUCAGUGGUUGAUGAAAGCCAAAGGCUGUUUAUACUGUUCUGUUCUGUUUAGGUACCAUUUUAUUUCUGACAAUUGUAUAUUACAGUAGAAAGUCAGCCACCUCCUUAGCUAUCCUUUUCACCAUCUUCCCACUGUUAACAUUAGGAAAAAUCAAGGCUACUACGCUUCAGAAUUUGCUGGUCAAAUAACAUGGGAAAAAAGCAACAAAAAAGAAAACCGAGAGCUUCACAUAAUCACACAAGUGAAAGAACGAAAGCUUAACUGAAUUUGUAUUUCUUUUUAUUGUCAGAUGGUUGUGUUCACCAGCCUGUAUCUCAUCUGAGACAGCACUCAUAUCUAAGCAGGCACCUGUCUGCAUCAGUCUGCUGAUACUAACCUUUAUGCUUGUUUCCCACAAUCCCUCAUUUGCAGAAAACUUGAAGAGUUUAUUACUUAUAAAGGUAUAGUGCUUUGUUUUUUGAAGUUGGGAUUUUAUUUAGAACUAGAUUUAAUUUGUGAUGAACAUGAAGGCUUUAAACAUGAAGUUGUAUACAUUUUUUUUGUUUGUUUAGAGUAUUAUGGGAAACCUGGUAAGAUAAUUGCUCCUGAAUUUGAACAGGUGGUCAUAGAGAGAACCAUACGUAUGAAAGCAUACUGUGAAAGUAGGAAAUUUAACUCUCAGAAGUGCAGUGUCAUUUUGGGCAACUCUUGUAAAUAUUAAGAAUUGUUCUGGUGUCUUCCACGUGGGGAUUUGAGUGCAGUUGGUCAGUAUGUUGGUGUCUUUACCUCUGCCUUUUCUCCCUCCUUCAAAAUAAGUAUGAUCCCUGGUAGCCACCAUGUUCCAUUUAGAAGGAACUGUUUUAAUUUAUUUAAAAGUAGAAAGCCCUCUAGGAUGACUGUCAACUUGCAGUUCUUUCCAUCUAAUUUCUCCUUUCGCAGCAUUGUUAUAUUUAUCUUUAUUUCUUUCCAUUAUUAGUUUGAGAAAGCAUUUCUUAGAACAGUGUGCACUACCUAAGGCUGGAUGGGAAAGUGUAAUCUUGUUCUUCAUAUAAUAUUAACAAACUUGCUGUUAGUUUACACUGGUCUUUUUUUAUUAAUAUCCAUAAUACCCUUUCCUCGGUUUGUUUCCACUUUCUGUUUUACCCUGGGUCAUUUGCUAUCAGAAAUUCGAAUGGUAUCUUUAAAAUUUCUUAGUUCUUAUAGCUUCAUUUAAAAACUGUCUUAAAAUACUUUGCUCCCUUUUUCUUUUUUGUUCAGGGGACAUGGUACCUAAGCAAAUAGGAAUGGAGUUUGGUUUUUCUCUGAAAAUAAUGCUAAAUACUUACCUAAUCAAAUGGCAUCCAUUUGAAUAAAAUGACAAUAACAAAAGCUUGUUAAUGUCAGUGACAUUAAACUAACUCCGGGAUUCAGGAGUUUUAAUGUUAGAAUUUAGACUUCACAGAGUGUGGUUUCAUUUCUCCAUGGUAGCCCGUCUCUCCUGAUCCCUUUUAUAUUUAUGUGUCUUCCUGCCUUCAAAGGUGAUGACAGUAGUUCUCUAGUUAGCUUAUACUUUCUUUUGUUUGGUUUGUUAGCCCAGUCUCUUGAAACUAUCCAUUUGGCUUCUGUUUUAUUUUAUCAAGGGUAGCAUUGCUGGGGUUUUUUGCUUUUUGAGUUUGAAGUUUUUGUUUCUGUUUUCUAGGUGAGUCUUAUCUUAAUUUUGAUUAAUAGUCAAUGGCACAGAAAAAGUAAAUGAAAGACUUUUUCAGAAUUCAUUAUUUAUCAUAUUAACUUAUAGAUCAUUAAUCUUGGUACUCUUGAGGAUUUAUUACUUUUCCGCGUGUAAGGUUAAUUUCUGAGAGUUUUACUAUGAAGCUGUUUUUUAUCUUUGUACCAUUGGCAACUUUUGGAAACUUCUGAACUUCUGCCAGUGAUCUGGUGAUGAUCUGAUGAUUUGUUUAAUUAAGGAGCUUCUGAUGCCUCGAGGAAACUUAAGUCUUUUAUAUUUAGGGUUUUUUUAUAUAUAUAUAUAUAUAUAUAUAUAUAUAUUUAGGUGGGUUUUUUUUUUUUUUUUUUUUUUUUGGCUUGGUUUUUCCUUUCCUUCUUUGCCUCUCAUGUUUGUACUUCAAACCAAUGUUUUGGAAGCAUGCAUGCAGGCCUGUAAAUGAAAACUACAAUUCUUCAUGUGGGUAGCAUGUGUAUUAAUAUCUAACUACAUGUGCAAAAACUUCCUUUACAGAGGUUUGGACUAAUGUUUCACAUGCACAUUUCAAGACAAAAUGAUUCAGACAAAUAGCCCCUUUACCUGCCAAGAAGAGCAGGGCUAUACUUGCUCCAAAGACAGCUGGUGUUUGUUUUGAAAGCGACUCUAAUACAUAUUACAUAAUGUUAUGACUAGAAGUAUGCAAGAAAAAAAUUAAAGCAAAAGAAUGCUUCUAUUUUCACAUAAACAUUUUUCAGCAGUCAUCACUCUCAAAAGUGAAAAUAUAUAAUUUCUGAAUGCUAUAUUGUCUGAGGCACUACCUAGUUUUUAAAUAUAUGGUAUUCACUGAAAAGAAGCUAAAUCUCUCCAUUCACUUUAUACUCCAAGAAAAUUUUAAAUGAUCUCAAGUAAAAAAAAAUGGUUUAUAUUUUAAAGUAACUGUUGGCACAAGCAGCAAUCUGAUUUUGUGUGCAUGAGAAGGAUCCCUUGGUUAUGUGGAUGGAGCCAUCUGACAUGAGCUGUUUUUCCUAUUUGAUUUGACAAAUAGGCUGACGCUAGUCUCUUUGAUUAAAAAAAAAUUAUAAAACUUAUAAUGUUGAUAUGAUCAAGGUGUAACCACUACAAAUAUUUAGGAGAGGAAGUUUAAAAAAACCAUAAGCUGGCAUUGUGAAAGAACACCAUGGUAGACUUUUUUUGUAAAUUUAUUUUGUAUUUAAUGAAAUGCAGUAUAAAGGCUGGUGAAGUGUAAUAUAAUUGUGUAAACAAAUCCUGUUCAUAGAGAGAUGUACAGAUUCAUUUUGUACUGUAUCUUGAAACCUGUGAAAUAAAGAUUCCACCUCUGGUUA